UGAUUGUUUGUGUGUUUUAAAUAAAUAAAAUUAAAGAUUAAAACGCAAGAAACUAAGCUGGCGCAGAGUGUAAACAACAGAAGAUUGGCGCGACGUAAUUUAAAUGCAGUUGAUUUUUUAAAGUGCCGCGCAGCAGAAGCGACAUAACAAAAGAGAAAUAGUACAAAGAAAUUGGUCUUCCUGCUUUUGGCCGCCGUCGCCGCUGCCACCGAAGAAGAGUGCGCAGAAAAAAUAAGAAAAAUGCAACAAAUCACGGAAGCAGAGUAAUAAAAACUCAGCAAUAACGUUGACUGACGAUAAUUGUGCAAUUAUUGAAAGAAUUGUAUAUUUAUUUUCGGUUAAAAGUUCUUUGUGUGAGAAAUACCCACAUACAUACAUACAUAUAUACAUACAAAUAAAUUACUAGCAGUUCACAUCAGCAAUAACAACAUCCACAGCAGGCAGUGAAAAAUCUCAAUCUCGCAACCAAACGACGAAAGCAGCAGCAGAAAAUUUAUUAAAAACAAAUAAUUUUUUGGCUGUUUGCUAAACAUAUAAAUUAAAAACAAAACAAAAUUCUGAGUGAGGCUUCAAAGUUGUUAUUUAUGUAAUAUUGAGUCGACAGCAAACACAAAUUCGAAAAUGGAUGACAAAUUCAUCAUAUUCAAUGCUGCACGCGAUGAUAACCUGCCCCUAUUGAAGAAUGUGCUGUACAACAAGAGCCCUGCUGAAAUUUCGGCUUUGAUAUCGGCUAAAGUGAAUGGAGCCACACCGCUGGUCAUCUCCUGUCGCAAUGGACACUACGACAUUGUAGAAUAUUUAUUGACAAAGUGUCGCGCCGAUGUGGAACAGGUGGGCUCCGUGAGCUUUGACGGCGAGCCCAUUGAGGAUGCGCCGCCAUUGUGGUGUGCCGCAGCAGCGGGUCAUCUGGGCAUUGUCAAGAUGCUGGUGCGUCGCUUUGCCAACGUGAACAGUACGACGCGAACGAACUCGACCCCGCUGCGUGCCGCCUGCUUCGACGGACAUUACGAAAUUGUCAAAUACUUGGUACAUCACGGCGCAGACUUUGAGGUGGCCAACCGGCAUGGGCACACCUGUCUAAUGAUUGCCUGCUACAAGGGACACUAUCGCAUCGCCCAGUAUCUGCUCUCGCUGAAUGCGGACGUGAAUCGCUGCAGCAUCAAGGGCAAUACGGCGUUGCACGACUGCGCGGAGUCGGGCUCGCUGCAAAUACUGCAGCUGCUGCUGAAGCAUGGCGCCACGAUGGACGUGGACUACUAUGGCAUGACGCCACUGCUGGCCGCCAGUGUGACUGGACACAUGCCCAUUGUGGAGCACCUCAUAACGCUGCCGUGCGUGAGUCGAAUGGCGAGAAUAGAUGCACUGGAACUGCUGGGUGCGACAUAUGUGGACAAGAAACGUGAUAUGGCCGUCGCGCUGUCGCUGUGGCGGCGAGCGCUCGAGGAGCGAGCACAGGAGCCGCAGCUGCAUAAAAAGGUGCAGGAACCGGUGCCGGCAUACGAGAUGGUCACCGAAGUGACCACCAUCGAGGAGUUGGAGGAGCUGGUUCUCGAUCCGGAUGAGAUGCGCAUGCAGGCGCUGGUCAUCAGACAGCGCAUUCUAGGACCGACGCAUCCGGACACCAGCUACUACAUUCGCUUCAGGGGCGCACACUACGCAGACGCUGGCCGCUUCGAUCGCUGCAUUGAACUCUGGUCAUAUGCUUUGACUAUGCAACAGAAAAUCUUGCAGCCACUGAGCCCCAUGACCCAAUCCUCGUUACUUUCCUUUGCCGAGCUGUUCAGCUUUAUGCUGGUGGAGGCGGGGCGCCUGUUGCCGCGCGGACGGAUCGUGCCGCCCAUUGAGGCCGAUGGCAUGCUGACCAUCUUUCACAAGGCUGUGCUGGAGGUGGAGCGUGGUCAGGCAUUUACAUUGGAGCAGCAUCAACAUCAGCAGCUGCUGCCCUGCGGCAACAAGCAGCUAACUCAAUCGCCAUCCUCAUCAUCGACAUCAUCAUCGUCCUCCAGCUCCUCCUCCUCAUCAUCAUCAUCAUCAUCAUCAGCCGCCAGCUCAACAUCAGCGUCAUCAUCGACCACGUUGUUAUCGGCGCACCAACACGACUGCAAUCACGAUCCCAAUGCACUAAGUCGCACUCUGGUCAGUGCCCUGCACAUUGGUUGCCUGCUCAGUUCGCUGCUCGACUCGGACAGCUUCUGUCCGGAGAUGCGGCGCCAGGUGAUGAACGCCUUGUACCGCCUCAACCGUCUCAAUGUGCACGUGCGCUUUGGCCGCACCGCCCUGCACUACGCCUGCUAUCGCGAGGGCACACUCGUCGGCCGGUAUCCCUCCUGCCAGUUCCCAUCCGUGUCGCUGGCCAAGGCGCUGCUCGAGGUGGGCGCCGAUCCGAAUGCCGUGGAUGAGUCGGGCAAUACGCCGCUCCAUCUAGCCGCCACACUCCAGCCCUAUAUCGAGCCAUUGGCACAGACCUUGCUCCAGGGUGGCGCACAUCUGGACACAAAGAACGAUGCUGGCGAGACGUUCGAGAGCCUGCUGGCGCCCACACCUCUGCACAAGAUCGUCGAUCCCAUGAAGUAUACAACGCUGGCGUGUCUGGCAGCGCGCACCAUCAAGCAGCAUAGCCUCCAGUAUGAGGGCGCUGUGCCGCGAGCGCUGUAUCAGUUCAUCGAGUUGCAUUAGGCGCUGGAAGGCAGCUGCGAGAGAGCUACAAUUAGGCUGAGACUCGUUGAUUCAUUUACAGACGAACAGGCAGACAGACAGACAGGCAGACCUCCCGAUCGACCGACCGACCGCCCGCCCGCCAGCCAUCGUAGCCAUGCCACGUGGAUAGACAUAAUAUAGCAACUACCUAUUACUACUACUAUUACAUUUAAAUAUAGAGCUGAAUGGGAGAGCGUUACUAAUGACUAGGAACUGAUUUGUGAUGUUUGCAAGCAAGCGAAGUGACCAAUCCUGGUGCAGGAUCCGGAUUGACAACGAUGACGAUUAACGAUUGACGAUGAUGACACACUGUCAAA